AUGCCUGAACUACAACAGCCAGAUAAACAUUCUAUGGAUAUCCCCCAUGUGGCAGCUAUUGAUCUUCCACUAAAUGUGCACAAUGUAACUAGAGCGGUUGAUAUGUUAGGUGGAGAGGAGUUGAUACGGGCAUCAAUCAGAGAAUCACAUCCAUUGGAGUUGAGGUUAAGAAAAGAUCCAUUCCAUCACCCAAUACAAGCCCUGAGUAAUAAUUCAGAAAGAAUAUUGAUGAAAAUCAAAAUCCCCAAAAAAAGCUUACCAAAAAAUAACGAAUCAUAUUCCAUUCAACAAUUACUUGAACUUAAUAACCAAGAUAAACUGACACCCAGAGAACGGAUUCAACCCGUGGCAAUCAUAGACAAAACAUAUCUGUUUAAAGCAAUGGCAGACUUCCAAGUUUCUACAAGGAAUAACUCAUUUGUGCAAAAGUUUAACAAAGCGAUGAUUAACCAUACUGGAAUAAAUGAAAUUAAAGAGUACAUUGAUGAGCAUAAAGGCUGGCAGGGGUAUGUUAAUUUAUCUGAAAACUAUUUCCAAAAUAACGAUCACCAAUUGAUUCCACCACCAAUACUAUCCUCAAUCAGAUUUCCGUUUGAUUACAAAUAUCAACAGAAUCCUGGUACGUCAACAGUCAGAGAUAUACAUGGUGAGGUAAAAGUGAUUUCAAACCAGAAUCGUCAAAAAUUGUAUACACUUUUGAUAGAUUAUAAUACCCCGACUCCGCAAGAACCGGUAGAGGAAAUUAGAAAGAACUGGGAAAAGUUGUCUAACGCCAAUUUAUCUGUCAAUAGUUCAGAGCUUUUACUAGUGCAAUGUAUCAGAAAAUUACAAGCAUUAUUUGAAAUCAAACCAAUCUGGAAUAGAAAGCAACUAUAUAGCAUACUUCCAGAAGAUAUGAAGAAAUUUUUAAAGCAUGCUUUGCCAUAUGUUGCCUAUACUUAUAAAAGUGGUCCAUGGAGAUUCUGUAACAUUAAAUAUGGACUCGAUGUUGUACAUGACCCAUCUUAUUGGAGUUCUCAAACUGAGUAUUUUAGAGUGCUUGGGUUUAAAAAGGGGACAACUACCGAUGAUUCCAAGAUGAUAGUUCCUCCUUCUUUGCAGGGAUCUUUAGAAGUGGUUGAAAUACCCGAAAAUUUAUUGUUUAACGGAGUUUCGUUACCCUCAGUGGCUACUUUCCAAAUAGGAGAUAUCAUGGAUGCAGACAUAAUUAGUAUAAUUCAAGACCACCAGAGUAGUAUGGGUGAGGACUUUUUAAGAAAUGUAUGUGAUCCUCAAGACGGUUGGAUCAAUCGACAAACAAUGGAGGUAAUCAGACGUAUAAUGAGGUACAAAUUGAAACAAUUAGUAAAUGAAGAAAGCAUUGAUCAAAGUAAAAUACACAAGAUUAUCAAUACCAAUUAUAUCGAGGAUAAGGAAGAUGAAGAAGAGGCUAAUGAUAUGCACGAGGACAGAAACGGUCCCGAUGAGUUAGAUGAAGACGACGAGGAAGAAGAAGAAGAAGAAACUGCUCUAUAUUAG